AUGUCCAGAGCCCUUGAUGUCCUGCAAAUGAAGGAAGAGGAGGUCCUCAAAUUCCUUACAGAAGGAACCCACUUAGGUGACACCAGCCUUGACUUCCAAAUGGAACAGUGCCUCUACAAAAGGAAAAGUGAUGGCAUCUACCUCGUAAAUCUGAACAGAAUCUGGGAGAAGUUUCUUCUGGCAGCUUGUGCUGUUGAUGCCACUGAAAACUCAACUGAUGUCAGUGUCGUAACCUCCAGAAGUACCGGCCAGCAAGCUGUGCUGAAGUUUGCUGCUGCCGCUGGAGCCACUCCUACUGCUGACUGUGUCACUCCUGGAAGCUUUACUCACCAGAUCCAGGCAGCCUUCCAGGAGCAGAGACUUCUGGUGGUUACUGACCUCAGGGCUGCCCACCAGCCUCUCACACAGGUGUCUUAUGUUAACCUGCCCACCAUUGCUCUGUGUAACACAGACUCAACUCUGUGCUCUUUGGGCAUUGCCAUUCCCUACAGCAACAAGGGAACUCACUCAGGGGGUCCGAGGUGGUGGGUGCUGACCCUGGAAGUUCUGUGCAUGCGUGGCACCAUCGCCCGUGGACACCCACAGGAGAUCAUGCCUGAUCUCUACUUCCACACACACCUGGAAGAGACUGAAAAGGAAGAGCAGGCCACUGCUGAAAAGGCUGUGACCAAGGAGGAAUUUCGGUGCGAAUGGACAGCUCUAGCUCCUGAGUUUACUGCUACUCAACCUGAGAUCCCAGACUGGUCUGCAGGAGUGUAG